GCUGAGACUGGACAGGACACCGACCAGGGAGAAAGGGAUAUUUGGCCGCGUAAAAGAGAAAAAGGGGAGAAGGAGGCGCCUCUCGUGCUGAAGCGGACCCGCGCUUAUAGAUGGAUCCUUCGUGUUUGCUUCUGCCUCAGAGGAGUCGUCCUGCUCUGAACACCCGCGACCUACUGUGACAGUGAGGUGUAAAACAUGACGCACCGCGGCGGCGUAUGGAUUUCCACAAAUAUGGGUUGCCCGCAGCGAGGAAGAAGCGUCUCCCCCCCCCUCCCCGGUGCGCACUUGGAGCGGGGGAUUGCGCACAGGACAGCUGGUGGGAGCAGAUGCAGGGCUCGGAAGAAGGAUAGACAGGAGGUUACCUCUGUAAUGUCAGCAAAGGCCAAGGUGCUGCUCUGGGUGCUCCUCUCUCUGCUGCCUCUAGUGGAAGGAGCUCAUAUGAACGCUGGUGCUGCCGGUGUGGCAUCGGACUCGGGCCGCGCUGUGGGGCUGCUGGGAGGGCAGGAGGAGCGAGAGCUUCCUGUGACGUUACCAGAGGUCUUAGAGGAUGAGGAGCAGGAAGAUGACAGUGACCCUUACUCAACUUGGCACGCUCUUUAUGACCCAUUUGUAAUAGAUGAAGUGGAUGACCAUCCCAGUAGUCGCUGGGCAGGGCGUUCUCCACGCUCCUCUGACCCCACAGAGCCUCAACCCAAAGGAUCACAGAAGAAAAAGAAGAAAAGGAAGAGGAAAGACAAGGAGGAAGUGGAAGAGACGGGGAAAAGAGAUAAAAAGGGUAGAGGUAAAAACAGGCGGCCAAAGCAGAGCAGCAGGGACUGCCGGGUGGAGAAGAGAGAGAUGAAGGUUCGGGACCUGGGCCUGGGGUUUGACUCGGAUGAGAUUGUCCUCUUUAAGUUCUGUGUGGGCUCCUGUCAGUCCUCAAGAACAAAUUACGACCUGGCGCUGAAGGCACUGCUGGAAAAUGGGUCGCUGCCCCGGCGCAAAGUCAGCAGCCACCCCUGCUGCCGGCCCGACCGGUACGAGUCGGUUUCCUUCAUGGACGCCCAGACCACAUGGAGGACCAUCCAGUCUUUAUCUGCUGCCAGCUGCAUGUGUAUGGGCUGAAAAUAC